UUCAAUGACAACAAGCCAUAAGCCCAUCAUCUGUGUCUAUGUUUGGAAUGUUCUGCACAAAAGGAUCACAGGCACUGGAAAAGAUCCUGAUGGCACUGGGAGCAAGGCGGGGACCAAGAUAUGCAAAAAUGGAAUCAAUAACAAACCUUUUGGCCAUGAGUGAGAACCCCCUUACGUUUCUUUUAAAGGUUUGGCCGGACUGUGCAGCCUCUAUGGCACUCUCAACAGUCUCUCCUUUGGUCUUUUUUAAAAUUUCUGUCCCCAAGGCCAAGCUCAGACCCGCCCCCUUCCCUGUAAAUAAGGUCGGCUGUUUCAGACCAGUAGGAAUUGCACACGCAUGCCCCCUUCAUGCACACUGCCACCCACCCCUCUUUAUCAAUCUUGUGUACCAUUCAUUUGGCCACGCUGACGCCAACAUGAAGACCUUCAGGGUUUUGCCGCUCAUCGCCUUUCUGCUGACCGCAUCGUUUCCCAUCUCCAUCAGAGCUGAUGAUAGUCAGGCAGGAGAAGAGGAGACUUUGAAAAAGACUGAAGGAGAUGAGUCGGGCACUUCGGAGGAGAUCAAAGACGAAAAUGGCAUUUUGGUCCUGGAUGAGUUAAACUUCGACAGAGCUCUCCAGGAAAACAAAAUGCUUCUGGUGGAAUUUUAUGCCCCCUGGUGUGGUCACUGCCAGGCUUUGGCGCCAGAAUAUGAAAUCGCUGCUGAACUCCUUAAAAAGGAGUCUUCUGACAUCCAACUUGCUAAGGUGGAUGUCACCAAGGAGAAGGGCCUGGCUGCAGAAUUUGAAAUUGACAGCUUUCCCAAGCUGAAGUUUUUCAUCGGAGGAGAUAGAAAGAACUUUGUGGAGUUCACAGGAAAAAGGAAAGCAGCUGGAAUUGUUCAGUGGUUGAAGAGAAGAUCGGGCCCAAGUGCGACAGUCCUGAACAACAUCAGCAGCACCCAGGAAUUUGUGGAUGCAAAUGAAAUUGCAGUCGUGGGUUUCUUUAAGGACAUUAAAGGAGACGAAACAAAGAUAUUCUAUGAAGUGGCAGUAGAAAUGGUGGAUGUCGAGUUUGGUAUUACUGACUGCAAAGACGUCUUCGAGCAAUAUGCAGUAGACCAAGACUCUGUUGUGCUGUUUAAAAAGUUUGAUGAAAAGCGAGAUGAUUUUAAACUGAUGACUGAUAACAAAACAGAUAAGGAAGAGCUGAUGAAAUUCAUUAAAUUUAACAGUUUGGAACUCGUAACAGAGUUUAACGAGCAGAACUCGGACAAGAUUUUUGAGGCAAAGGUGAAGCAUCACAGUCUGCUUUUCAUUAACAAAACUUUAGAAACCCACUUGACUUUGCUGGAGAGCUUCAGGAGUGCUGCUUCUGAGUUUAGGGAAAAGGUACUGUUUGUUCUAAUUGACAUCAACGGUAACCAUGACCAUGUCUUGGAUUACUUUGGACUGAAAAAGGAGGACAUUCCAGCAAUUCGUAUCAUUGACACGGACUCACUGAAAAAAUAUUCCUUGUCAGAAAAGGAGAUCUCAUCAGAAAACAUCCUGAAGCUGUGUCUGGGAGUCCUUGAAGGCACGGCACAGCCUCAUCUAAUGAGCCAAGAAAUUCCCGAUGACUGGAAUGACAAUCCUGUAAAGAUCCUUGUUGGAAAGAACAUUGAGAAAGUGGCCUUUGAUGAAACCAAAAAUGUGUUUGUAAUGUUUUAUGCCCCUUGGUGUGCUCAUUGUAAAGAAUUAACACCUACCUGGGAAAAUCUUGCUGAAAAGUAUAAAGACCACGAGAACAUCAUUAUUGCAAAGAUCGAUGCCACUGCCAAUGACAUUGAAGUCGUCUCUGUGCCUGGGUACCCUGCAAUUAAGUAUUUUCCAGCUGGCAAAGAAAGAAAGAUUAUUGAUUAUAACAGCCAAAGAGAUGUGGAGACAUUUUCAAAGUUUCUGGAUAAUGGAGGCAUCCUGCCAGAGGAGGAGGAAGAAGAAGAAGAACCAGAGUCAUUGGAUGAAGAAGAUGUGGAGAACAUAACUGUGACACCCAGAGGUGGCAACGAAACCUCAAGAGAUGAGCUCUGAUAGAAGAAAACAACCUGAAAUAAUUGAUAGACGCAGACCUGCCCUUUAUUCAUUCAGUAACUGUACAGUUUAAGGACAGUACUGAUGUCUGUCAGAUCGGUCACUAAAAUAUUAAAAGGUUAUUUAUUUACAACAGGAGUGUAACUGGAAUACUACUGCCAGAGUAUUUAUCCAUUCAUUUCAUUCAUGUAUACAAACUAUGAUCAUAAACGUUACACUGGCACAAGAGCUGAACAUGUUAACUCUCUGCAUUUUAGUUAUUUCUGCAUUUAUUACAGAGUACGGGAUUAAAUUGAAUAGUCACA